UCAAGAAUAGACCACAACAGUAAUAAGAGAAAUGGAGUUCGUUUCGCAUUGUAUUUGGCUGCAGCUUGCAACAUUCUUCAUUUUUGUUACACAUUUAAAGCAAAUUGGAGCUUACGGAACGUCAAAUUAUUGCGCGAAAGAUUUGUGUUCCAGUGGCAAGAAACAUAUUGGAUGUAACGCACAUCGAGGUUUUGCUUCUACGUGCAUUGAACCAAAGAUAAUUCCCAUGUCAACGAAAAGGAAAAAUCUCAUACUAAUGAUGCAUAAUCGACUACGAAACUUAGUAGCAAGUGGAAAUUUAAGCAAAUUUGAGCCGGCUUCAAAUAUGUCAUUGAUGAUUUGGGAUAAUGAGUUAGCAUACUUGGCUGAAUUGAAUGUCAAACAGUGCCAAAUGGAACACGAUGCUUGUCGUAGUACAGCCCAAUUCAAGUAUGCUGGACAGAAUUUGGCUUUUUCUUGGACAAGUGGGUCUUUGAAAAAACACAAUGAAAAUAUCCGACACAAUAUAAUGAAAUGGUUUAUGGAACAUAAGGACGCUAAGAUGGAUCAUAUAAGAAAGUUUGGUCGUACGAAGAAACCAAUCGGUCAUUUCACAGCGAUGGUUCGGGAUGCCUCCAGUCACAUCGGAUGUGCUAUGUCAUCGUACACGAAGACACGGAAAGGUUAUAAGGGAAAAGAAUUUCUCAUGGCUUGUAACUACGCCACUACGAAUAUCCUUAACAAGUCAAUUUACGUCGAUGGAAAACCUUGCAGCGCGUGCCCCAAAGUUGGACGGUGCCAUACCGUCUACACAGCGUUAUGCGAUAAUAGAAAUUGAGACACGUUAAAUUGUUUGAUGGCCAGCUCACUGAUUAAAAUGAAAUGAAAUAAACAAAAACCGGUAGAUUGUUGGAA